AUGGCGAUCUCGACGAUAUUCACCAAAUGGCAACACCGUCCUGCAUAUGGUUUGCGGGAACGGACACACAGAUGUUUAACAGAAGCGCUAGAAUACCUCCUCCGGUUGGUCUCGCCUUCUCUGCUGUCAGCGCAGAACGACGCAAAGUCUACCGCGUUACACUGGGCUGCCCUCAAUUCACACCUACCUUGCGCGAAAGCCCUGGUGAACUUUCCCUCUGGGCCUGGGACAGACUUGAUUGACAUCAAGAAUUCCGCCGGGAGGUCACCGUUGGGAGAGGCGGAGAAUGUAGGAUGGGACGAAGGUGCGAAGUGGUUCGUGGAGGUUAUGAACCUAGACGAAGGGGGAAGGAGGAAGGAAGAGCUGCAGACGGCGGAGAAUCCUAGCGAUAUUGAGGUGGAAAUUCAGGAUGCAGAGGGUCAAAUUGCAAAAAUGAAGAUAGGGCAGAUUUCUACUGCGGGAGAUGCAGUGAAAACUUAG